AUGGAGGUACAUUCACCGAUUGUAGCCAAAAGACUAUGGAAUGUGUCGAGGAUCUCAUUUUUUAUAAGGAGGAAGAGUGUUUUUUCAAAGAGAAAGAUGAUUAUGAGCAUGAAUUUAUUGAUGAAGAAAGGGAAAGUGUUAAGAAAAUCUUUGAGUAAAUUCAUGUCAUCACGCAAUUAUCACAACCAUCAUUCAUCAAAGAAUUAUGGUGGUGGAUUUAUGGUACAUGAUUAUGAAUUCUCUUGUAGUAAUAGCCCAAAUCCCCUUUUUAUUAACAAGUUAAAACGUAAGCACCAUUUCACUUUCCCUUGUAUUAAUGCUCCUGAGGUUAUUGACGAGGAAAUUUUACCUUGUCAAUAUCUAUUGUCACCGCUUAAUUUUGAAAUUGAAAAUGUGUCUAAGGGUAGUAUGACUAUGGUGCCUAAGACUCCCGAAUACACACUCGAUUUUAGGUUUGAUGCAUCUGAAGAGGGAGAGAGCCCACUUCUCUCACCUUUUUCUGUGAGGAUCUCUAAUUACUCUACAUUGGAGGAAAAUGAGGAGAUUGAAAAUAGUCAAGUUGAUGAUGAGGCUGAAGAUUUCAUUAGAAGGUUUUAUGAACAACUAAGGAUGCAGAAUGGUUUGCAAAAUUGCCUGAAUUUUAAAAAAUAGUUGGAGCUACAAUUUGGACUGUGACAUCAUGGAUCGCUUCAUUAGACGCGCUGAAUUUCAUUGGGACUCUGCAAUAUUAAUUAUCAUAAUAAAGUAUAUCGUCAUCAUAAUUAUUAUU